AUGCAGUUAUCAAUGUUGAUUUUGCAUAUAUUAUCGGGUCUCGUAUUUUGGACGGUUGCUAUCGAAGCACGAUCAGUUUUAAACGGACAAACACAUCGAUCUGAUGUAAAACAUUUCGAAUCCAAACUCGAUAUGACUGCAGGUUAUUGGUCGCCAAGUACUAGCUCAAUCGAUUGGUGUGAAAGAAAUUAUGUCGUAACAAAGUAUAUUGCUGAAUUUUGGAAUUGUAUUUCCAGCUUGGUUAUGUGUUUAUUAGCCGGAAUAUUAUUCGUUCAUGGUUUAUACAAUCGAGUUGAAAAACGAUUUCUACUCCUUUGUCUAUCAUUUGGAAUUAUCGGAUUUGGUUCAGCUUAUUUUCAUGGUACACUCACGCAUGUUGGUCAGAUGGCAGAUGAACUGCCCAUGGUCUAUUCUAUGAUUAUCUGGUGGUUUAUCCUCUUUCGAAUGGACCAAUUCAAUAAAUUAACAAAUAAAAUCUACGGAUUUGACUUUGCUAUUGUUUUUGGUAUAUUUUAUGGAGUUCUAUGGACUUAUCUACACAGUUUACAAUCAUUCGUCAUUCUAUUUCAAGCACAUUUUACAUUAAUGGUGUUAGGAGGAAUUAUUAAAUUGACAUUUUUAUAUCGACAAACACAACAUCACACACAAAGUAUCAUGUAUUUAAUUAUGAUGUAUGUUGGACUGCUAGGUCCAGCUAUAAUAUGUUGGAUUAUAGAUCAACAAUUGUGUGAACGAAUGAAUAGUAAAGGUGGAUUUAAUCCACAGCUACAUGCUUGGUGGCAUCUAUUGUGUGCUGUUGACGCUCAUGUGGGAAUCGUUUGUGGUGAAGGAAUGCGUCUUCUCUCGAUCAAUUAUAAACAAUAUCAAGCAAAAUAUGCCAAUCUGUCACGGAAACCAUUUAAACCAGAAGAUCAUUUACAUAUCGACUUUCAUUUUGGAUUACCUUUCGUCGAUUAUUCGAAUGAAAAGCAAAUCGAGAAAGCCAAAAAACAGUAA